ACCCCCAACCUGGAGGACCAGGAGGCUGAGUUUGUCUGGCCUCUAACCAUUGAGCAAUCUGGUAUGAGUGACUCUGAAGGUGCAAAAAUGCACCACCCAGUAUAGCUCAAUGAAUCACUGAGGCACACAAACCAUCGCACCACGGUAAGGUCCAGCCUCAUUGCGAUGGUUGAGGAAUGGUAGGGUACAGACGACUAUCGAACUGGAGAAUUUCUUGCAUAGUUAAUCAAGUUACAGUCAUAUUGACGACACUCACCCUGCUUUCUUAUACACCGCGUGGUUUCGUAAAUCGCAUCCUAAUUAAUACACGCAUGUGUGCUACCAAAUACGGAAAACCAUUCAAUUUACCCGAUUGGGGUCUUUCUGAUAUGUUACCAGUGACUUGCACUUUUGUUGCUUGUAAAGACAGCUUGAAAAGGUACCCUGCUUUUUUCCAGAUCCCAAUGUCUUCUGAUUUAUCCAGCGAUUUAGACGAACUGAGGGUUAUUCUUGCUGAAGUUACCAAGCAGCUGACUGACAAUCCUGAUGACGCUGGUUUGCAUGAGCUGGACACUUUGAGGAAUCAAUUGGUGGAAUUGAUCAACAUUAAGGAAGGACAAUUGUUGGAGGAAAAAAAGAUGCAGCUUCUUGAAUUGGUGGAUGCGGAAUUGCAGUCAGUAGUUGCAAACGAGCCAUCAGCCGACUCGGCAAAUGCCCACAAGGUCGAUGUUGCAGAAAUCACAGAUCGACUGAUAGGCCAAAGAUGUAGUGUGCCCGGAUGGACCGCCAGCGGAAAGUUUAUCCUGCAGAGUGCUGUUAUAUUUGACCUAGUUGAUAAUGACAGUUCCGGAACCUGCCAGUCGUCCGGUCGUCUUCGUGUAUUUUAUGCUCAUCCGACUCGUUCAUCCGAUGUCCCAUGCCCUCUCCUACUCGAGCAUGGGGCAUGCUACCGGGGUAUACGCUGCAAUUAUUCGCACGGGACAGUUGUGGACGUUGAUGAAAUCCACGAUUGGAGGGAACCUGAUGCCGAAGGUUUUCUUCGGGAAGGUCAGCCGUGCCUUGUGAAAGACGCUCAAUCCGCACAUGGUCUAUGGCGCCAUGCGCGCAUCCUGCACACAGAUUUGGAGUCGCAAUGUUGCGUCAUUCGUUGGGGAAUUAAAUCCCCGAGCCUCGAACCUAGCUCAAACAUUCCCAAAGAUUACGGUAAUCUAGAAAAUUCUGUAACCUCUGUCCCCAUGGAUUUGGUGCAUUUGUUGGACAUUGACGAACUUGACGUGGAGGAUCAGGCACCUACUACCCCCAGUGAAUAUACGUAUGAUGAUGCCGAAUCGGACGAAUCGGAGGAGUUUGAGUGGCCCUCUGUUGAUGAUCGAAGCCAACACAUCUCGAUUUCAUGCCAACCAUCCUCGUCUGAAUCUCGUCGGAACGCCGAUACUAAUGGCGCGACCUCCAUCCGACAAGCCAAGGUGCCAUUUGUAUUCGGUGGUGUGUUGUCCGCGGAUCAAAUUCUGGAACCAAUCCCAGUCAAUGAUCCCGUAACGGAGGCCGAUUUAGGUCCUGACUCCAAUAUUGCUGCGUGGGAAGCUCACACUCGCGGUAUUGGUUCGCAAAUACUGAGAAGGCUGGGCUAUGACCAUACGCAAGGAUUGGGGAAGGAUGGACAAGGACGCAUAAUCCCGGUGGCUCUUUUAUUAGAGAAAUUCCAGAUUCGUCCUAGAAAAUGGAAUCAUCGGCCUACUCUUGACAGCGUGGUUGGUAACCCACGCAAAUCCGUUCGCCAAAGAUCAGGUGAACUGCAACAGUCACGUCCCACUUCAGCUGAUGUUUACACAGGUGGAAGUGUGUUCAAACUUUUAAACUCUGUUAUGCAUCGCCCUGACGAUAAGGAUCAUGGGAACACAUCCACCCCGAGUCCGUCUCAAUUCUGUCCCAUCUCCAAAACUGAAAAUCCCAACAUUGAACAUUUCAAAGUACAAGAGAAAAUCAGUUCCAUUCUGAAGCAGAUUCACCACAUACAACAGUCUAUUGCACGUAACGACGGUCGCGAUCGUUUCGUGGUGGCACAAAUGCAGCAUCGCUUGGGAACGUUGAAAUCAGAGCUCGGCACCCUUCGCGAGUCGGAGCGUACACUCAGCGCUUUCAAGCAAAGACGUCUCGAUGAUAAGAAAAUGUUCACAUUCUGAUCCGUCAUUGUCUUUCGUUCACUUGAAUGUGGACACCUCCAACUCGCCCUGAACCCCCCUUCCUGUGUUACAUUCUCUUUUCCCCAUGUACAAUGAUUUGCAGUUUGGGAAAUGUAAAUAUAUGCCCUAUACGUGACGUCACUGUAAACGAUGUGAGCAUGAACUUAUCGCAUGGUGCUUCCGUCUGAAUACACUUUUAGUGAAUAUUGACA